GAAUUAGAAUCAAUGAACUCCUAUAUGUACUGUGAUCGAACAAAAGCACUGAACUUCUCUACUACUGUGAUCGAACUCAAAUUGUCGAACUGCCAUUGCGAUUGUAAAUCACUGCUAUUUACAAAAAUUGAUCGCUGUUGCUAUAUGCGAUUUUUCAAUCAUAGUGAAAAAAAUCACCGGUAGUGAAAUAUCGCUCAUCACUAACACAAAUCCAUCUUUUUGCGCACACAUUAAUAGCCUACUUUUAGGCAUAUGACACUAGUUUUUAGAAUAGACGUAAUACUAGCGCUUCCCAAGCUACUAUAAGGUAUCAAGAUCUGCGGCACGUCCCAGUUCACUUACAUACUAUGGGGUACGAAUUAUUUAAGGCGAAAAUGGUUAGCUGAAAACCUAAACAAAUCAUAUUUGGUAGACUACUAAUUACGACCGAGACGCUUUAGCAAAAAUGUUCAGUUUUCGUGCUGCUCUAAUCAAAUCUAUACUUGCUGUGCUAAUGUUUAUACAAUUGGCUUCGGACUCGGAUAUCGUUACCGUUUUCAAGCGCAAGUUUGGCAAAGAUUCAUUGACAGAUGACAACUGUGGCUGUGGAAAAUAACUGUGUGCUACUUAAAGUCUUCAGAAAUUAUUUAACAAACGUGUUUUUAAGUAUUAUAAAUAAGUAAAAUUGUGUGAGUUCACUUUUAUUGAAAUAUAUGAAUUCAAAUCUCGAACUCUCCUACUUGAUAUGAACGUUACAUUCUUCAGUUUCAGCAUAUUCAAAUAUUCGUGACGAGACCCCAACAGGAAGAUCUCUGAGGACAUGAUCUUAAGAACCUAACAACGAAACAACAAAUAAAUCUUCAUAAUAAAUCGGAGACUUAUUUACUAUACUUUAAAUCGAAAAGUACUUAAUAAGCAGUUCUGCGCAAACUUACUCGAUUAUACCGGUAUUAAAAAUUAAUUUAAAACUUAAAUUUUCAAAAAAAUAAAAUAACUUUCAAUAUAAAUAAAAUGUAUCGUCGACAAUAUACCUAAAUCUAUUUCACAUAAAGUCUUUUAAUUACUUCAUAAAUUAAAUUCGGCUCUCAGAUUUUAUCAUUAUUUAACGACGCGCAUUAAUCAUGGUGUGUAUUCUCGACUGUUGCUCUUUGAACAACUUUUCGGCAUUAAAAUAAGACUGAACGGUGUGGAAGUGGUUAAUGUAAUGAAGAAAUCGAAAUGUAGUUACAUUUAUGUAUAAGAAAUGGAAAUUAGGGAAAUUGAAAUGAACUUGUUGCAGCGCAAAGAAAAUCGUUAGGUGCAAUAAAGAGCUGGGGAUAAGAAUAAAAGGUGAUUAAACGUAAUUUUAUGGACCCUAUUCGACAGAAUUUAACGGAGAACAUAAAUCAAUGCACGAGAUGCAAUGUGCCACCGCAGUAACGACACUACCUACCUGCAGGCAUAUAAAAGGAGCUGAGCCGCUUCCCUGCACACAGUUGACCACGUGAGAUGGAUUAUGCAGCAUACAUUCUACUGAUCAUCUUCUCGCUCUGCUUAACAAUCCAGCCGCUGCAAGCACAGUUCGGCGGCUCAGCUGGACAGGUGUAUUAUACACAGCAGGGCCCACCGGGACCGCCAGGUCCACCAGGACUACCAGGCACGAUAGGCAAUGCGGGCCCCCGUGGUCCCACUGGUGAUGCGGGACCAGUAGGAGCAAUUGGACCACAAGGUGUGCCUGGGCCCGACGGACGUGAUGGUUCGGCUGGUCAACAGGGCGCUCCAGGUUUACGUGGCAGACGUGGUUUUCCGGGCUCGAAUGGACCACCUGGACCAGCGGGACCGCAAGGUUUUAUGGGACCACCAGGACUACCUGGACCGCCGGGUUCAUCAGCACGUCACAUGUCGCACGACAUCUAUGCGGAAGAUGAAGACGACUACUAUGAUAGUGAGUGAAAUGUUGAGCGUAAAAAACAAGAAUUUGUGUGUUAAAAGCAAUUUCAACCAAUUUCUUCUUGUUUUCAAUGCUGAUUGUUUGGAGCACAAGUUAAGACAAAUGAGUGCUUGGCACUUAUCAUGAUUCUUAAUCGCUUUGACUCAAUAGACACACAUAAAAUUCAACAUCAAAACAUCGGCUCUGCGGUCAGUGAGCUUUCAACAGGUCAACGCCUGACCCAGUUAUAUUUAAAUCAUAACAAGCAUCAACCAUUAAUUUAUGGUGCAUCACUUUGGCGUCUUUG